CGCCGCGGAAGUCUGUGCCCUGCCUCCCCAGUCCGCGUCCUGCCCUGGGCCGGGCUGGCGCUCUCGCCUGCCCCAAUCCUCAUGGCGCUGCUCCGACGCCCGGCGGUGCCCACUGAUUUGGAGAAUAUUUACACAGGAGUGAAUUCAAAAGUGAAGAGUCAUGUGACUAUCAGACGGGCAGUUUUAGAAGAAAUUGGAAAUCGAGUCACAACCAGAGUCGCACCAGGAGCUAAGAAAGCUCAGAACACCAAAGUACCUGCGCAGCCCACCAAAACAACAAAUGAGAACAAACCGCUGAAACCUACCACUUCUGUGAAACCAGUACAGGGGGAAAUGUUGGCUCCAAAGGGUCCUUCUCCGACACCUGAGGAUAUCUCCAUGAAAGAAGGGGAUCUCUGCCAAGCUUUCUCUGAUGCCUUGCUCUGCAAAAUCGAGGAUAUUGAUCAUGAAGAUUGGGAGAACCCUCAGCUCUGCAGUGACUACGUUAAGGACAUCUACCAGUACCUGAGGCAGCUGGAGGUUCUGCAAUCCAUCAAUCCACAUUUCUUAGAUGGAAGAGAGGUCAAUGGCCGUAUGCGUGCCAUCCUGGUGGAUUGGCUGGUGCAAGUCCACUCCAAGUUUAGGCUGCUGCAGGAAACGCUGUACAUGUGCAUUGCCAUCAUGGAUCGGUUUUUGCAGGUUCAGCCAGUCUCUCGAAAGAAGCUUCAGCUGGUUGGGAUUACGGCUCUGCUCUUGGCUUCCAAAUAUGAGGAGAUGUUUUCUCCAAAUAUUGAAGACUUUGUUUACAUCACAGACAAUGCUUAUACCAGUUCCCAAAUCCGAGAAAUGGAAACUCUGAUUUUGAAAGAACUGAAAUUUGAGUUGGGUCGACCCCUGCCACUACAUUUCUUAAGGCGGGCAUCAAAAGCUGGGGAGAUGAAGCAAACAGUUACUUCAGAAUCCUGUACAGCCAAGCAGCCUCAUGAGUGGCGGCGUCAGCCCUCCCACCCAGAGAAGCAGGCCUUUUCGCCACCUCGUAUCUACGUGUAA